UACUAUUUAAAUUUAGAAGUUCCGUACGACGUUGAUAUCGCACGCCUGCAGCGUAGAUUUACUUAUUUAUUGGUUUUGUUACUUGCACAAUUUCGAAAUGGCAGAAACGCAGAGCGAAAACUCGCAGGCCACGGAAAGGACCCCCAAAGAGUAUGAGGAAAUAAUAAAGAAAAAGGAUCGCGACAUCGAAGAUCUGAAACAGAAGCUCGAGCUGAUGGAGAUGGAAGUGACGCAAGCCCAGAAGAUGAAAACCCAGAGAUCGAAGGAACACGAAGAGGUUGCCGCGCUAAAGGAACAAUCCGAAGGCAUCCUCACUAAAGCGAAAGGCAUAAUCUUCGAGAACACGAAGGUCAUCAAAAACCAGGAGCUGCAAAUCGAAACGCUCAAUCAGCAAGUGGAGUCGCUCAAAGACGUCGUGAGGAUAACCAAAGAUUUGUUGGAGAUACGCAAUUUGGAAGUGAAACAGCUCGAAGACAAGAUAGGCCUGAUGUCGGGUAAAGUAUCGGCGGAAAAGGAGAGACAAGACCUGCUCCAUCGAAAACUGGAGACCAUGAUCAGACACAAUGGGGAAUUGAAGAGGGAAUACGAGACACAGCUGUGCCUAUUCCAGGCGUUGAGGGAAAGGUACAACGAAAGAGAGCUGGCCAACGGAGUGGUGAACAAUUUGAGGCAGGACGUGGCUGAGGCCAAGCAAGAGAACACAGUUCAAAAUGGCGAGCCAGCGGCGGAGAAGAACGAUGCGCAUCCAGAAGCAAACGUGAAUGACCAGAAACCUACCUGAGCUUAAGAUUUGUGAUGGCAAUAUCAUUGCGCAGAUUUUUUUAAAACUAUAGUAGCUUCGAUUUUUGUUUGUGGGAUGUUAUUAUGUUUCUAGCGGACAGAUGGAAAAGAAGAGAAGUGUAGAGUGAAUGCAGUCUAGGACUCCAUAAUAGUAAUUCUUAUAUUAUUAGAUUUGUCUGUUUUGCUUUCUGAUUUUCUGCUGGAGUAUAUUAACCGAAACAAACCUGUUGCACAUUGCCUUUGACAUUCAGACUCUCCGAUUUCGUUUGUGAUUUGAUAUUCGCUUUGAUAAAUGCCAUUUUUCGUAACCUCAGUGA